GUCAGUACUCAGUACUCAGUAGUUCAGUUGUCGUUGUCGUCGUCACUGACGGCCAACAAACAACGGGUCAUCAACAUGAAAACGUAACCAGUCAGAACCACUAACUAACCAGAAACAUAACCAGUUUCUUGGAGUAAACUCAAAACCUAAACCACAACGUGUAGCCUCUGUUAUCACAGAACCCAGAUUUGGUUCUGUCUGUGUUCUGUGGGCUGUGGGCUGUACUCCGUCUCCAAACGGUUAGUAGCCUAGUAGGUAGUAGGUAGGCCCUACAUCUUGUGCUAGUGCUCUAAGACUAGGCUUAUUAAGGCUAGUCCAUUGACCUGCUAUCUACCCUAGCCUAUUCAUUUGAGUAUUCGACGAAGGAGUAUCAUAUGCAGCAGUGCCUACCCAAAUAAGUUCGUUGGCAUCAGAGAAUGAGUGGAAGAGGAAGAAAACACAGUUUUAAAGAGCGAGAUGAUGACUGGACGUGUGAUAACUGCCACAAUGUAAACUUCUCAUGGAGAGUACAGUGCAACCGCUGUACACAAUUGAAAAAUGAAAAUAGCAGUGGAGGUCUUGGAGUUGGAACUGCUGUACUGGCAGGUGCUGGUGUGGCUCUAGUUGGGUUUCUUGGCCAAAAAUUGUGGAACAGCUUUCAAAGUUCAUCAACGCUGCCAGCUAAGCAAUCCUCUGAUCCUUCACCAACUUCUAGUUAUUGGGUUCCUCCCACUCCCAAGCAGAGUCAACCCCAACCAACAUCUACUGUGGAUAUGAAAACAGAGAAGAAGAUAGAUAUUCCACUGGAAUUUGCUUGUGUUAUAUGCAAGGAGAAUCAAAGGAGAAUAUGUCUUCUACCAUGCAAACAUGUGUGCUUGUGUAACGAAUGUGCUAAGAGGGUUAAAGAGAUCUGUCCCAUGUGUAUGCAAAAGUUUGAUAAACAAGAAAAUGUCUUUUUAUGAAAAGAUGAACAGUCUUGGAGACUUGUUCAGCAAAAAUAUUUUUUUGUAGGCAGAGUAAACUAAAUGCUAUUCUUGACGGUAUACUGUGUUAUUUGUGUUCGAUGGAUUGAUUAAGUGAUUUUUAAAAUUGACAACAUAGUAAAAAACAUUUAACUUUUCUGUUUAAAGAAGAUAAAAUGAUUUGUUAAAAAGUUAAAUAAAAAACUGGUCGUCCCUUGAAGAGGUUGCUACUUUUCAGUUGAUACUUAAUAUAGCAAGAUACUACAGUUCUUUGUAAUAAACAUAAUAAUAUAAAACAUGUUCAUGGUUAAACAUUUAAAAUGUCUUUUUUUUGUCUGUGGCAUCUUUAAAGCUUUGAUAAUCGUGUUCACAUCACUGGAACAAGCUUUAAGGUAAACAUUUUCAUACUAUGUUUCUUUAACAUACAUAUUUUUUUAAUGCGCUAUUCAAGUGCUAAACAAUGUUUUAUUUUUUAAUUACAUUAGUCUCCUACAUUAAAGGCUAACAUAUAUACCGGUCAUCAGUCUUUCAGCAGACACAACCGAAUCAUUUAUUACAUUUGCAUGAUUGUUUUAAGCCAUUUAUAAGCUAGCAUUGUUUAAGAUAAUGGUAUUAUCUUUGAAAAGUGAAAUGAGAGUUUUACUUUGUUAGAGGGUUGGGAUAACUAAUUUGUGAUAUUACGUUGUAAAAAGAAUACAAUAUAUUAGCACAUACAAGAUUUAUAUAACUAUCACUUAUAUUAAUAUGUAUAUAAACUUGUAUUUUAACAAUGAUUUGAAUAAUCUAGUUUAUAGUAUUGUGUAGGUUUUAUUUGGUUUAUUAUCAAGCAUCACAUUACUCAAGUUAAUUGACAGGUGAUUUGUCCAUAAGUCUUAAUUAUUACUAACAGUAGACUAAAAUUAAAAAUGAGAAAAUUAAAUUCUAUUUUUGCUCUGAUAAGAGUUCAUCAACUUUGUAAAAAGCCUUCUCCAAUAACCAUUUUUUCAAAGUUUUUUUAAAGCUAGCUACAGACUCUGUGUUUUUAAUGAAUGUGGGUAAUUUGUUGUAAAUUUGUGGUCCCAUAUAUUGAGGGGAGAGGUGGAACAAUUGAAGCCUAUGUUGAACCGGUUUGAUUAAAUUUUUAAAUCUUGUGUUAUGAGAAUGGUUUUGUUGGCUUUCCAUGAAUAAUCCUAUAUCACCCUUCACCAUUAAAGCGAGUUGAUAAAUAUAUGAACUGUAUAAGGUUAAAAUUUUAAAUCAUAUAAAAAAGUCUUUACAGUGUGCAGUCUUAGGAACUCUUGCGAUCAGUCUGAUAGCUCUUUUUUGAAGAGCAAAUAUUUUUUAGCCCGACAGGAAGAUCCCCAAACAAUUAAUCCAUAGUUCAUAAUAGAAGAAAAAUAAGCGUGAUAUGUCAUUAAUUGUGUUUCUAAAUUUGUGGUAUAUCUAAUUACACGAAUAACAAAUGUGGCAGAGACUAGUAAUUUUGAAACAUUUUUAAUUUUUUGGUGCCAAUUAUAGUUGUUAAUAAAACAGUUUCUUACAGUUA